AUGACUCGUAGUACGGUUUGUACCAUUCUCAUUUGAUGUGUCGGACAGUUACUUCCUGUUGGACAAUACUUUAAAGUUUUACUGACUGCGACUGAGAUAGGUAGUAUUAGUCAAUCCAAUAAAGAAUAUCAAGUAGUUUAUAAAGUACAAAGACUACAAAAGACUGAAGAAAGAAGUUUACAAGAAAAAAAAGAAAAAGAAUUAUACAGGAAAAGAAACAGCCUUUUUAACAGGUUAGACAGAAGCCACAUGUAAGAACAUAUUUAACCUGGAAACCACUGGUGAAAGUACGCAGAAUAAGAAGAAACAUGUCACAGACAGAUCUUCAGGAUCCCCGGAAGGGGGAUGUUAUUCUUCGGAAUUUGAUACGGCAAUUAUUGACUGAGGAUGAAAGCAUACGGUUUAAAAUAGCAUUACAUAAUUUCAAAAUAUCAAAAUCAGUUACAACAUUGUGCCAUCAAUUAAAACCUAUCAUAAACUCAACAGAAAAAAUCAUGCUGCUCUUGGAGUUGAGUACAAGACUUCCGCCAUCGCUUCAAGAAGAUUUUCAUAGAUUGUGUAGUUUACAGUAUCCACAUUAUGAUGCGUACUAUCAUAUAUAUCAUUCAGGGAAUGCCAUGCCAGAAUCAUCUAAAGUUAUUGCCAAAGAUUCAUCAGGACAAUUCAAAAUUGUGUCAUCUAGUAGUGAUCCAAAGUUAUACAUGGCCAACAAUAACUCAAAAAAUACUUCUGAUCAGAGUUCUUUACAUGGGACUAGUGUAACUAGCGGAAUUUACAGUGAACAUGAUGAUGCUGUGUCAUAUAAUAAAAUAGAUAUCAAAGACAAUGAUUCUGAUGUUUUUGUAUGGACUCCUCAGUAUGGACAGAUUGAUGCCAAUUCAUCUGCAUUUGUGUCAAAAGGUGCAAAAAGUGUCGAAAUCAAAAGAGUAUUUUUAGAACGUCAUAAUGGUAGUCUGGGUAUUGGAAUUCGCGGAGGGAAAGAAUAUGGGUCUGAAAUAUUUUUUAAUCAUGUUGAAGAAGGAGGGGCUGCAGAAAAACAGGGUAUUAGAGUUGGCGACAGAAUCCUAGAGGUUAAUGGUACAUCCUUCAAUCAGAUGACUCAUGCAGAGGCUGUCACUAUCAUGAGGAAUGCAUGGAAUGUCAUUAUGAUGGUUCAGGCUGUUUCUCAGAAUGGAGAGAUGCAGGAAGCUCUUCAUAUAAAGGAGUUAGAAAUGGUUCUCUUCCCCUCAUCAAAUGAUUUUAAAUUAGGGUGUGCCACAAAUAGGAAACAGAAAAGUAAAUUUUUGAAAGUGAAAGCAGUUGAUAGACAAUCACCAUCAGAAAAAGCUGGCUUGUGUGUUGGCGAUUUUAUUGUAAAGAUUGAUGGUAUAGAUGUGAGAACAUUAUCAGACAAGCAGAUUAUGUCACUAACAAAGACAAAACGUCUGACAAUGCUCAUUAAAAGACUUGUGACUGAUGAUGAAGCCACACCUCCAUCUAGUACAAGCAUCAAGAAUAACAAAAAUAGGAUGAGAAAUGAAUCCCACAGUUCAUCACAGAACCAUUUGUCUACUAAACAUGAGGAAGAUAAUGACGACCAGGACGGUCCUGAGGAUCACCACCAGGCUCACGAAAGGGUUAAAGCAAUAUAUUCAAGUCCUUUCUCACCUCAUACACCCUAUUCUAGUGAAAGAUCAUGGACAUCACAAAGAUUGGUUUUCAAAAGCGAUUGCAUAACACCGCCAGCACGGGGAAGACUGGAACAUCGUCCUCCAUAUCAGUAUGAAAUGAGAAGUCAUAGUGCUGGGCGGGAUUCUCAGCCCGUCCUUGUUCCUGGACAAGGAAUAAGAUACAUUCGUAGUCGGUCUCAAUCACCACAUAUACUUCGAAAAAGAAUGCCACGACCUCGUUAUUCAAAACAAGAUCUGGAAAUGAUUAGGGCUAUUCAACGUGGAAUGGAGAAACGCCAACGUGCUGUCAGACUUUCUUAUUAUAAUGCUGCAUCUGUGGAUAAUUUAGACUGGGAAAUAUAGCGAUUUGUUUAAACGUUUUUGAAUGAACGAAUUUCACACUUCUUGAAGGAUUGUUUUUAGUUUUUAUUUCUUAGAUUUGCAUUUUGCGUUUAAAAACACACAUUAUGGUGCAUAUCAUGUGUCAUCGAUCGAUUGGGACGAGUUUAACGUCUUUAAAUAUCAACUUAACGUAUAUGUAUUGUAAGAGUCAGAAAGUGUGGUUGGGGUCUGUGAUGAAGUAGCUUUUUAUUUUACAUAUAAAAUUUAUCUUAAUGAUUUGUUGUCCUUAAUCAUAUACGUGUGCAUUUAUAAUCGGUAAUUCCUACGAAUGGGUAUAGGACAGAUACAUUUGGUUGUGUAAUUGAGGUUGAAAACAACAAAGUUUAGGUAAUAAUUGUAUUAUAAUAUUAAAAUGGGAUUCAUUUUUAUGGGUAAAUGAUUUACAU